CGAUCUUUAACAAUCCAACGUAAUACCAAGAAAAAGAAGUAUUAAAUAAAGAACGUUUCAAAAUAGUUAUGAAAAUUUAUGUAUAUUUAUGAAAAUUAACUGUAUUAUUAAUAAAUUAUAUUAACCAAAUGUAUUCAUUUUACAUCCAACAAAUUUUUGCUUUUGUAUUUUUUUUAGCAUCGACACAAGCUGAUGAAGAUGAUGAUCUGGAUAAAACUCGAGAAAAUUUCUAUCAUGCAAAAGAUAAGUUGGUAGAAUGCUUAGGUGAAUGGAGUUUCGCAUGUAGUAUUAUUGAUUCCGUAGAUCCAAUGCCAUCGUCAAUUGCUUGUAAUUUUAACGAUCUAAGAGUUUUACUAGUUGUUGGUGAAAGAACUACUGGUCAAAUUGAUGAUUAUUUAGCAAAAUGUAUAUGCUCACAAAAAAGCGCACCUUUGGCUGCUCGAGGUUUUAAAACAGUAGAAAUAUGCCAACAAACGAUAGUAAAAUGUGGUGAAACUUGGCGUAACGGGUUAUAUGAAGAUGUCAAAAAUUUCACUUGGCCUAAAAUAAAAAUGCCAAAUGCACCAAAAUUUCUAAAACCUUCUAAAUCGAAUAAAAAAAAUUCAAAAAAAACUAAAAAUAAUGAAACAGAAGAUGAAGAUGAAUAACAGAAGUAAAUUUUCAAUUCAUAAAAUAUAUUAUAGUCUAUAACUUUAUGUUACUAUUUCAUUGAAUAAAUAAAUAAUCAAAUAAUUAUUUUAA